AUUACUCAAUAAAAUCCAAUAACCAAAAACAACAUAACAGGUGAGGUUAUAGUAAAAUUAAAAUCAAUAUGGAAAGGAGAGCAAUUUGAAAUAUUGACAAAUUUCAAUAUUCUAUACUUGUCCUGCUCAGAAGAUAAUCUCAUAAUAGGUUCACAUCAAGAGUGAGCGUUCAUAAUUCAUGAGAUCAUGUCAGAAAUAUACAAUUAAACAUUUUGAUAGGACAAAUAUACAUUUGUAUGUAUCAGGUAAUAUUAAACCAUCAAGUAAAAUUUUCAUAGACAAAAUGAGCUUUCUAAGCGAAUUAAAGAAACAAAAAGAAAAGCUUAAAGAGACAUCAACAGUGAUAACAAAUGUUGAUGGUAAACAGUACUUAGAGACUGGACAAGAUAUUAAGGAGAUAAAUAAAAAUGCAUAUGGCUUUGUUGUUGAUACUAAGCCAGAUGAUAUACCAGUUUUGAUACUUGAUAAUUUAUAUAUCGGGUCACAAGAUUGUGCUGUAGAUAGUGUUUUAGAGAAAUACAAUAUUGUACAUGUGUUAAGUUUAGGUGUAGAUGUAAAUAUAAAAGCGAAAAAUAAAUUUAUUUAUAUACUAGAUUUGCCUGAAUCCGAUGUUAGAUUAGUUUUAAAAGAAAGUUUGUUGUUUAUGAAUGAGGCUAUAGAGAAGAAAGAAAAUGUAUUAGUACAUUGUAAUGCAGGCGUUUCUAGGACAUCUUUGGUAGCAAUUGCUUAUUUAAUGCACUAUGAGAAUAUGGCGUUUGAAGACUCUUAUAAUUUGGUGAAAAGCAAAAGACCUUGUAUAAGACCUAAUGAUGGAUUUGUAAAACAAUUACAAAUGAUGGUUUCUGGGGGAAUUUUAUAGUGUUUUCAACAAAAA